AUGCAAAGUGACGAAGUCGUUUGGCAGAUAAUCAACCAUGGGCAUUGUAGCUAUAAAAUUAAAGAGGAACAAGCCCCUACAUUUUGUAGGAAUGCAUAUAAUGUGACUGGACUAUGCAAUAGAAGUUCUUGCCCGUUGGCAAAUAGUAAUUACUCUACGAUAUUAGAACAAAAUGGUAUUUUGUUUCUUUGUCUCAAAAGCGUAGAGAGAGCACACACGCCAGCAGCUAUGUGGCAGCUUGUGCGUUUGAAUGAAAACUAUGAUGAAGCGUUCCAUCAGGUUUCUAAGGCUUUGGAAUAUUGGCCUAAAUUUCUUGUGCAUAAGAACAAGCAAAGGCUUACUAAAAUUACUCAAUACUUGAUACGAGGACGUAAUCUUGCAAAGAAUACAAAGUAA